AUGUUUUUAUAUAAUAAAAAACAUGAUAAAUAUAUAAUAUUUUUGGUAAUUUUACUAUCAUCAUUAUAUAAUUGUCAAAAAUCAUUAUAUGAAUGUAAUAGACAAAUUUAUGAAGCAAAAGGACCAAAAAAAAUUGGUAAUAAUGGUUUUUAUAUUGAAAUAACAGGAAAGAAUGAUGAAAAAAUUAAUGAUGAUGAAGGAUUUAUACCUGGUAUGAUAUAUAAAAUAACAUUAAAAGGACGUCGUACUGAAUAUACAGUUCAAACAUUUCGUGGUUUUGGUAUAACAACAUUAUAUGAAAAUGAUAAAAAUGCUGGAAAAUUUGAAAUAUCAAAAAAACGUGGUGAAGUUAGAAUUGCACCAAAUUGUCGUAAAAGUGGUGUAUCACAUACUAAUUUAAGACCAAAAACAUCAGUUAGUGUUUUAUGGAGAGCUCCAAAUAGUGGUGAUGGUUGUGUUCUCCUUAGAGCAACUAUAAUAGAAUCAAGAAAUAUUUGGUAUGCUGAUGAUAGUUUAUUAACAUUAAAAUUUUGUGCUAAAAAAACACAUGAAUCGGCUAUACCAGAGGAUAAUUUAAAUGCAAAAUGUUGUGCAUGUACUGAAGCAAAAUAUGAUAUUGAAUUUUUGGGUAUUUGGAGUAAAGAAACACAUCCAAAAGAAUAUCCAAGUUUAGAACAUCUUACACAUUUUACUGAUUUCUUAGGUGCAUCACAUAGUAAUAAUUAUACAUUAUGGAAAUUUGGUGAAAUUGCAAGUGAUGGUUUAAAAGAAAUUGCUGAAUGGGGUAAUACAUUUAAAGCAGAAAAUGAAAUGAAAGAUAAUGCUAGAGAAAUAAGAACAAUAAUAAAACUUAAAGGAUUAUGGUUUCCAGAAGUACAAGGGCAAACAAAAUCAAGUUUUCAUGUUAAUAAAGUACAUCAUUUUACAUCACUUGCUGCUAUGUUUGGACCAUCACCAGAUUGGUGUGUUGGUAUAUCUGGUAUUAAUUUAUGUCUUCCAGAUUGUACAUGGGUUGAAGAAAGAGUUUUUGAUUUAUUACCAUGGGAUGCUGGUACAGAUGAUGGUGUUACAUAUAUGUCACCAAAUGUACCUGCUGAACCAAGACAUAAAAUUGUUCCAAUCACAACAAAAACAAAUAAAUUAUCACCAUUUUAUAAUGAAUUUUCUGAUGAGAUACCACCAUUAGGAAGAUUAACAAUAAAAAGAACUAAUGUUAUUAAUACAGGAUGUAGAAAUGAUGAAGAAUAUAAAAAAGAAGCAUUUGAAGUAACAAGUAUAUCUGAAGAAGAAGAAUACAAAGAUCGUCGAGAAUGUUUAAUGAGUGAAUGGGAAUCAUGGAGUUUAUGUUCAGCAACAUGUGGUAAAGGUGUACGUAUGAGAUCAAGAGUUUUUCAAUUUCCUAUAAAAGCACAAAUGUUUAAUUGUCAUAGACAAACAACAGAAAGACAAUUUUGUAGUGCAAAACAAACUGAAUGCCAUGGAUCAGAUCUUUUUUCAACAGAAUGUACAACAACAAAUUGGGAAGAUUGGUCAUCAUGUUCUGUUACAUGUGGUGUAGGGCAACGUAAACGUAAUAGAAAAUUACUUGAUGAAACAAAAAUUGAUAAUUGUAAAAAAAUUAAUCUUACAGAUGUUGAAGAUUGUAUUGGUGAAAAUGGUGAAGAUUGUAAUGUAACACCAAAUCCAUUAUGUAAGACAACAUCAUGGAGUGAAUGGUCACCAUGUUCUGCUAGUUGUGAUGAUGGUAUAAAAAUUCGUUCAAGAUUAUUUUAUUAUGUAGAACAUGAAUUACAAUGUACAAAUAUAAAUUUAAUUGAAAAAGCAAAAUGUCAAAUGCCAUCUUGUCGUCGUUUAUUAACUGCUCAUUCAGAAGAAAUUUGUAAUGAAGAUAAAGCAGAAGGACAAUGUGGUGGUGUUUUUCCAAGAUAUUGGUAUAAUAGUAAUACAUCAAAAUGUGAAAGAUUUAUUUAUACAGGAUGUAAAGGUAAUCGUAAUCAAUUUGAAACAGAAAAAGAAUGCAAACAAUUAUGUGUUAAAAAUAUGAAUGUUGAUAAAGUUGUUAUACCUGGACAUCAAUUAAUUGGUGAAUUUGGUGGUGAAGAUACAAUUAUUGAAGAUGGUGGUGAAAGAGUUGAUUGUAUAUUAAAUGAAUGGAGUCCAUGGUCAGAAUGUUCAACAACUUGUGGAAGAGGUAAAAGAACACGAAAUAAAUCAAUUAAAGUAUUUCCAAGAAAUGGAGGUACACCAUGCCCAUCAGGAUUACAUUUAAUACAAGAAAGAAAAUGUGAUAAUAGACCAUGUGAAAGUAAAGGAUGUAGAUUAGGUAAUUGGGGUAUGUGGUCUAGAUGUAGUCAAGAGUGUGAUGGAAUUCAAUUUAGAAGAAGAAGAAUUUUUAAAAGUAGAAAUUAUAUUGAUAAUGAAAAUGAUCCUAAUUGUUAUUUACCAGAAAGUGAAGAGAGAAAAUGUAAUGAAAAUUGCUAA